UGUCUGGUUUACCAUCCAAGAUAGAGACACAUUGUAUAGUGUUAAUUUAAACAUGGUUUUCCUUUGUUUGUUUCAAUAAGAGAGAUUGAGAAUUGGUAAAAGCUGAAGGAAAAUGGAUAAAGCUCUGACUAAACUGGGAAGCUCUUGGAUCUCAACCAAAGCCAAGACAGAGAUUUCCCACAUAACCGAUGACCUAUCAUCUCUCUCAAAUACGGUGGAAGAGAAGGCAAAACUUUUCAUCAACAAGCUGAAAGGUAAAUCUCAGAAAGGCUUACCAGAUCUCCUUAGAGAGUACAACCUUCCUCCGGGUCUGUUUCCUCGGAACAUAACAUGCUACGAGUUUGAUGCAUCAAAAGGAAAGUUGAUAGUGUACUUGUCCUCUCCCUGUGAAGUGUGUUUCAAGGACUCAUCCAUUGUGAGGUAUGCAAAUCGUGUAAAAGGGACACUGUCAAAGGGGAAGCUAACUGUCGUGGAUGGAAUGAAGAGCAAGGUUCUGGUGUGGGUCAAGGUCACUACUGUUGCUGUUGAGAGUUACAAGUCUGACAAAGUAUGGUUCACUACCACCGCUGGAGUUAAGAAAUCAAGGCCCAAAGAUGCCUAUCUUAUGCCUCGUGAAGCUGUUAAGGUAGAAGAAUUUUGAGACACUUUUUAUGUUAUUAUGCUAUCACACUUGAAAUACAUUUCACUUUCUCACCUAUCAUUUUAAGAAAGGUGCAUGUUGUAGGCAUUGAUGGUACUACUUGGUGAUAAGUAUGUAUACACUAAUGAUAAGGGUAUUUAUAUCUCGACACCUCGUAAUUUUACAUA